AUGCUUCAGAAGCAACUUCGACACCUUGCAGAGGCAGUAUUGUUCAUUAUCUUCACGAUGCGCUCGGAUCCUGCUACGCCUAAUAUCAAAUUGGUGGACUCUUUAUCCACUCUACACGAGCUGCUUGAAAACCUCAGGCUAAUUCCUAAAUCAUCACCUCCCUUUUUCGUUGAUUUAGAGGGAAUCAAUCUGGGUCGCAGUGGCUCUAUCUCCAUUUUAUCUCUCUACGCGGUGCAUAAAGGGAUAACAUACCUUGUCGAUGUCUACAAGCUAGGAAAAGCCGCCUUUUCCAGCCCUCAGCCCGGUCAAAAUACCUCCUUGCAAGGUAUUAUGGAAUCUCCAACCAUCAAAAAAGUUAUGUUCGAUGUUCGUAAUGAAUCGGAUGCAUUAUUCAGCCACUACAAUAUUCAUCUGGACGGAAUACAAGACUUACAGUUGAUGGAGCUCGCCACGAGAAGCGGGUCGAAGAAAUAUGUCGCAGACAAAUCUCAGAAAGGCGGAAUGGAAAAGACGCAAGGACGAGAGAUUAGAGAUUACUGUGCUGGGGAUGUCUCCCAACUUCCAGGCUUAUACAAUACCUACGAGAGAAAGAUGAGUCCGACGUGGAGAACCAAAGUACAAAACGCAACGAAUGGUCGCAUCCGGCUAUCACAGAAACCUGAAUACGACGGUCAGGCAAGUGACAAAGUGUUAGGGCCAUGGACGGAAGAUUGUAGCAAGGACUGGCACGCUUUGUUUGACGAAUGGGAAGACAACGAUUUCCUGGAUAACUUACGCUACGAUGAACAAUUCGACAACAUGGCUUAUGAUGGCUGGGAUGACUAUCCGGAUACAGCGCGGGACUACUUCCGACUGAAAGGUUUGCCGCAGGACUGCACACUCUACGCGGAUACCUUCCUGCUCCAAGGUGUAAAUAUUGACCAUACGAUUAAUGUGGCUGGGAACGUGAUGUUGACGCGCUCCCUGUGGAAUGCUCUCCGCUCCGCACCGUCUCUCCGGGUAAUUCAUAUUUUUGUCGCUCGUCACUAUCCCCCCGCCGAUCCUUUGGUGGAGCUUGCAGAACUCUUUCAGGAGUUGCCCCGCUGGAUCAAUGAUCUCACCAUACACGAAGAACAGAUCUUCAAGCACGUGUGGGAUAAAGGAAUUCGGGUAGUGAAUAGACUUUUCCAGGCGCUUUCUGAUAUUAUUAAACUUUCCAAGAGGAAAAGACGCAUAUACGACAGAAAAUCGAACAAGGCAGGCCACGCGCCAACCAUCUCCAGAUACAACCACCAUGGAAACCGGGAGAUCCGUACAAACAGGCCCAAAGGUGGGACCAAAGAAUAA